GGUAAUGAGGAGCUCGAACGGCGAUGAGUAGACGUCAGACGCCAGAAUGCACUGGAACGCUGUCUAAACUCAAAGUGCACUUGAUAGUAUUUGCACUCGGUGUGUCGCUGUACGUCAACAGUCUGCACGGAGAUCUGCUUUUCGACGACAAUGAAGCCAUAGUGACAAACAGAGACGUCAGACCGUCGACUCCGUUGAAGCACGUCUUUCUAAAUGACUUUUGGGGCGUUCCGAUCAGUCGAAACGACUCGCACAAGUCCUAUCGCCCUCUCACCGUGCUCACGUUUCGCUGGAACUUCGCGCUGCACGGGUUGCAUCCCUGCGGCUACCAUCUCAUCAAUGUGUUCCUACACGGCCUCGUAUCGGCUCUCUUUUUCGAAGUGUGUGUAGUUAUUUUUGGAGGCGAUAUUGCACCAGCUUUGGCUGCUGGUCUUCUCUUUGCUGUACAUCCGAUUCACACUGAAGCGGUUUCCAGUGUAGUUGGUAGAGCGGAGCUGUUGGCAGCAGUGUAUUAUUUGCUGUCAUUUCGAUGCUAUUGCAAAGCGGUUUAUGACGCCAAAGAUGUCCCUGUUGACACAUUUUCCUACGGAUAUUUGUGGAUGGCCAUUGUUUUGUGCGGAAUUUCAACGUUGUGUAAAGAGACUGGUAUCACCGUUCUGGCAGCUUGUGUGACAUAUGAUUUGGUUUAUGCAUGUCGUCUGAACGGAAGAGAUGUUUUGUUGAGAAUUACAGCGUUAUGGCAUACUCGGCCAACAUGGUUUCAGUGUCUUCUUAGAAGGGUAUUACUUCUUUCAGCAGCACUUGUCGUCUUUCUCACUUUGAGAAUAGUUCUGUUGGCUGGCGGAACUGCCACAUCAUUCGUUGAGUCUGAUAACCCAACUUUAUUUGAGCCAAAUAUUUGGACGAGAGUCAGAACCUACAGCUAUCUAUGUGCUUUAAAUAUUUGGACACUGAUGUGUCCCUUAAUCUUGUGCUAUGAUUGGUCGAUGGACAGCAUACCAAGAUUAAAGGAUAAUCAAGAUCCUCGAAACUUGGUUACAAUAUCUGCUGCUAUUACAAUGUUUAUCUUGGUAUAUUAUGGAUUAUUUGGUUCAAAUAGCAAAGCUUGUGAGAAUACUAGCAAGCAAGAAUGUGAAAGACAAGUAGUACUAGCUUGUGAAGAACAAGACACUCUGAUUUCAGGAGAGAGAUCUUCAGUUAUACAGAAUCACAUUGUUUCAGCUGCAAAUGGUCGUGUACCUAUGUUAGGAAAACCUGCAGUGGCUACUGCUGCACUUAAUCUACCCAAGUUGGUUUCAGUGAUCAAGCGAAGGCAGGUUCUUACUAUGGGAUUAUGUAUGAUGGUGGCACCUUUCAUUCCUGCGUCAAAUCUUUUCUUCCCUGUUGGAUUUGUUGUGGCUGAAAGAGUACUUUACUUGCCAAGCAUGGGAUACUGUCUUAUGGUAGCACUGGCACUGAGAGUGUUCAUGCACAAUCGAACUGAGCAUACUACAAAUGAUGAAGUGUUUCAGUCUUGGCUGCCUCGAUUUCGACUUCCACCAGCUCUUACUGUGGUGUUUUAUGGAUAUCUCAUAGUGCUUGCCUCAAAGACGUUUCUUCGCAAUUUUGACUGGGUAUCAACAGAGUCUUUGGCUGUUUCUGGCCUAAGAGCUAAUCCUGGUAAUGCCAAGAUUCACUUGACAAUGGGAAAUGUAUUAGCAAACAAGGGCUUUCGAAACUGUGAACAGUUUUAUCGUCAGGCUCUUGAUCUCAGACCUCAUUAUACAGCUGCGUGGACUAACCUGGGCCUUAUCUUACUGAACACUGAACGACCUCGGGAGGCUGAGGAGGCAUACCUGGAAGCUAUUCGUCUCAAGCCAGAUAGUGCUGAUGCAAACACAAACAUGGGUCAUUUGUGUCGAAUCCAGGAGCGGUGGAAAGAAGCAGAUGAACGAUACAGAGUAGCACUGAAACGACGACCUCACGAUCCUACGUUACAUUACAACAUUGGUCUUGUAAAUGAGAAGAUGGACCGGUUGGAGGUGGCAAAAUUGCACUACAAUCAUGUUUUAAUGGUGGAACCAAACGAAAAUGCAGGCUUUGCACUUGCCAGUCUCAUUGCAACUACAAACAAGAAACAUUCAAGACUGAAGGAUGGCACUUUUACUACUGGCAAGAGAUUUAAGGAGGCUGAGAAAGCAUAUGAGAACGCACUUCAUUACCAUCCUAACAAUGCGAACGGUUGGCUCCAACUUGGCAAACUGCUUUUGUGGAAUGAACAGAUUGACAAAAGUGAACUUCAGUUUCGACAAGCUACUCGCCUUAACCCCAACCUUGCAGAAGCACAUUACUACCUAGGACAGGCGCUUGAGAAAAAACGUCUUCCGCAUGAAGCUGUGAAAGCAUACAAGAUGGCCAUUCAAGUUGAUCGGGGCUACCAGCCAGCAUUACUUGCACUGAAGCAAAUUGAUGCAAGAGAAAUAGUGUGAGAGCUACUGUGAUGACAAAUGGUAAGAGCAUGCAUAUACCUGUUCCAAUGGAAGAUAGUUUUUGUAUAUGGUGUAGAUGCAAUGUAUUGUAGCCAGUGGACAAGAUCAGUUUGUUGCUUUAGCAGUUACCUUGAUUUUAAACUGUGUUUUGUAGUGAAUAUAAAGUAGGUUUGUUUACGAAA